CGAUUGCCACCAUCUUUUGUGCAAGGCAGACAUAACUACCCCAGGAUCACGGCGCUCGGGGUCUCCACACUCAGAACACAGGGGCCACCCCGAUUGCCAUUAUGGCAAAGAAGAAGAGCAAGAAGAGCACCCAAAAGCAGGUCGACGUCACAUCUACGCCAGCAAGUCCCGCGCCAGCACCAGCUGUCGAGGAAUCUGCUCCAGAGGUCACCGAGCCCCUGGAAUUGACGCCAGAAGCACCUGCUGUUGAAGCAAUACCAGUUGAGCAACCGGAAGCAACAGCAGAAGCACCGGAAGCAACAGCAGAAGCACCGGAAGCAACAGCAGAAGCACCGGAAGCAACAGCAGAAGCACCGGAAGCAACAGCAGAAGCACCGGAAGCGGAGAUCGACGAGGCGGUAGACGGCCCCACACCCGAACCGGCCACUCAGGAAACGACCGAACCAGAAGCUCCAUCACCUGAAGAGCAGGAGUUGGCCGAGGCAAGCUCACCGAAAGAUGAGGCAGCCAUAGAGCCAAUCGCAGAACCAGCGACAGAAGCUGAAGCUACGCCAGAGGAGGAAGCCAUUGAUGAUGCGGGCACUGCAAAAGAGCCGGAAGAAGCGGUGGCGGAGGCCACGACAGAACCAGUCGAACCAGUGGACGACGCUGCGAAAGAUGUCGCCGAGCCGGCUGAGGAGAUUCCAGUCGCAGUUGAGCCAGAGGUCGUCCCCGUGCCUGUAGCCGAAGAUGAAACUGAGGCAAUUAGCGCACCAGUCGAAGAGACUCCCCUCUUAGCUCCAGAGGAACCAACAGAAGCAGAGCAAAGCGUAGUGGCCGAACAAGAUGAGACAGCAACUCCAGAAGUAACUGAGGACGCAGUCAACGGUCACGUAGAUGCUGCCGAAGCAACAACGAUUGAACCAGCACCAAUUUCUGAAGAGCCACUGGAAGAACCACAGCCGGCGGAGCCUGUUGGCGAAGCGCCCGUGGAGACAGCAGCACUAGCGCCUACAGAGGCAGUUGUGGUUGAGCCUUCAGACGCCGUUGCAGAGGAUGAUAGGGCUUCUCAGCCGAAGAAAGGCAAGAAGAACAAGAAGGACAAGAAGAAGAAGCAGGUUGCUGCUCCAGAGCCUGUCAGUGAAGUUGUCGAAGCGACAGCUGACCCGGAAGCUCCAAAGACUGAACCUGCAGCUGAGAUUGAGGAGCCCAGAGAUGAACCCACUGUAGCACCCAAGGAAUCGGAACCAGAAGCAGCAGAAGCUGAUCAGCUACCGACCGCUGAGGAUGAGGCGGUACCCGAACCAGCGGUCGAGCCAGAAUCGAUCGUCCAGGAGCCCGUCGUAGAGCAUCCAGCAGCGGUUGAGCCAGUGGCUGCUGAGACUGCACGUGCGCCUGCGCCUCGUCCCGAACCAGAGCCAGAGCCGCCUGCAGCUGCUGCAGACCCCGGUCUCUCACACGCUGAAGAUGACACCUGUCAACCAAUCCCUGCUGCAUCGAAGGAGUCUCCGCGAUCGCCUCACUCCGUGGUCACGGUAAUGACGAAGUCCAGAGCUCCUGAGGCCCGACGGUUACGUGAAGCCCCAGCCCCUCGAAAGGCUGCUCGUCAAGUCAUUGACGAUCGACCACCAGCCCCCAGCCCGCCUGUGGAGAGAGCUCGCACGCGACAUGUCCCUGCUUUCGAUGAUGAUGAUGACGAUUCCGAUUCGGCCCUUGUCCAUUCUCGACGACAAAAUCGAAGCGGUGAGGCGUUGGUUUCCUCACGUGAUAGCAGUGGGUCCCGUUACCCACCACAUGCAGCGCCAGCGCAUCAUCCCCGUACUAGCGGCUUCGCCUCGCGCGUGCCAGUCGAGCACUAUCCAAAUCCUCCACCGCCUCCUCCUGGGUAUCAUCCAAGGUAUGGGUACGCGCCCGGUGCCCCACCCUACUACCCAAAUCAACAUAGCUAUGGCAUGAGUCAGCCGGGAUAUUCAAAUCCCAAUCCCUAUGGCCCCUCUUCUCACAACUCUUCCUCCCCAUAUCAAGAAACCUGGAAUCAGUAUCCACCAGGGUAUCCCCCCAAUAGCAGUUCACACCAGCAUCAUGACACCUCAGGCUCUAGAGACUAUGGCAUGGGCAUGCCUGCUAUAGAGAACGGCUCUCUUUUUGACGGUGAAACAGCUGAUAUCUUCUCUCGUAUUUCCCAGGCCAUUCCUGACCUGCACGCCUCGCUUGCAAGACAGAAGGAAGUACACGGUCAGCUCUCACAGAAGCUAAGGGCCAAGGACGAGGAGAUAUAUGAUCUCAAAGAGAGGAUCAUCCACAUCGAGAACAAGCAUUCAGCUGAGGCCAAGGAGCAGGUAAAGGAGCUUCGCGAACAGAUUGCUGAGACCCACAAGCACAAGAGGGAGGCUGAGGAUACCAAGCUUGCGUGGGACGCAUCGACGAAGUCUUGGGAGACCAAGGUCAAAGAGCUGGAAGCCAUGUAUGCAUCUGAAAAGGCACAGGCGAAGAAGGAGUUUGACGAGUGGAAAGCGGCUGCAACCACGAGGCACGACGCCGAGAAGAUUGCGCUUGCCAUACAGUUUGACAAGAAGCUUAAGGAGGCGGACCUGCUUGCAGAGACGAGAAGACAAGAAGAGGUAGAUGCGCUUGCUGCCGAGAAGGAGGAGCUGAGUGCAGAGCACGAGCGUCAGCAGCAGGAGCGUGAGGCCACCUUCACCACUGAGCGCGAUGAGCUUGAGACAAAGCUCAGCGACGCUCAGAGGGAGCACGAAGAGGCCCGCGAGAACUGGCUUGCUGAGCGUGAGGCUCUCAUCAGGAGCCACCAGGAGCACAGCGACAGCCUUCAAAGUGGCUGGAGCGAAGAGCGUGAGGCUUUGGAUGCCAAGUAUCAAGAGGCUAAGGAAGAGUCUGACAGGGCUUGGACCGAGCUCCACAGUGAGGCGAACCGAAGAGCUGAUGAGUUGGCCCGUGAAAAGGACGACUUGCUCCAAAAGUACGACGAGCUGAAGGCCGAAAGCCAGAAAGAGAAGGAGAUCAUCAAGAGCGUCGCUGCCAACCUCGAGUCCGAGAAGUCGAGAUUGGAGAAGAUGAUGGAAUGCUAUGGAGACAUUGCAGAAAUCAAAAGCAAGGGCGACACAUACUAGUAAGUGGAUUUGGACUGUUCAUUUUGAUUUGGAGGAUUUUCAUGGUGUUGAGGAGGGCCAAAUGUCUUGGGUCAUUUGCGCCUGCCCACCAGCAAGCGCACGUGGCAUCCAAGGCAGGC